AUGGAACAAUGCAAGGUAGAACGCAGUCUCCAUUUGGCACGUCGUCAGCAGUGUGCGUGUUUAAUUCAGGAAAUUGGGUCAAGGUUGCAAACAACACAGGUGGUCAUAAAUGCAGGCAUAUAUUACAUGCACUACUUCUACGAAGUUUUUUCUCCAGAAACUAUCAAACCGAUUUUAGUCGCAAUAGCUGCCUUUUAUUGUGCAUGCAAGACAGAAGAAUUUUCUAGGAAACUAUCUUUCUUGAUCAAGGCUGCGUAUGAUAUUUUGAAGAGACCGGCACCUGAUGAGGGGUCAGAUGCUUUCAAGAGACUCGUUCAGAAUGUUCAUGCUUUAGAGGCUACUAUUCUUAUGGUCAUUGGGUUUCACACUCUUGAAGUCAAACAACCACAUGUGCUACUCAUUAAGGCGAUUCGCGCAAAUAAAUUCCCGAAGGAAAUAGCUCAUACGAGCUACUAUGUCUGUACUAAUAUACUGCAUCUCACCACUUUAGUAUUACGACAUUCUGCAGAAGCGAUUGCUGCUGCUAGUCUUUACAUUGCGGCGAAGUGGAAUGGAACAGACAUCCAGUCGUCAAACGGGGAUUGGUUCCAUAUUUUUUCCCCGAUGCUGACUUUUGAGGAAAUCUCUAAAAUAACAGACGAAUUCACCCUUACUUUCCAAGAAUGCGAUUUAAAAAUCAGAGAGCAACUGCGCUGUUCGCUUCGAUCCCGAAAGUUACAAAGAGAACGAAGAGAUGAUCCUGUCAAUAAUCCUCCUCGAACUCAAGAGCCUCAGAGGAGACCAGUUCCUGAUUCUCAGCAGAAAGCUGAUUCUUGGAAAACAGAGAAAAGACCUUACGGUUCGACAAAUCCUAGUGCAGCUCAAGUCCCAUCUCAACAUCCAAAUCAUCAUGCUCGAAGUCAUGCUGGUGGCUCCCAGAAUACACAGAUGAAUCAUCCGUAUCAUGGACACAAUCGGGCCCCACAAUCACAUGUUUAUGGGAACGAACAUUUCAAUAGAUCUCAUUCCAACCGUCCUCCAGGUCCUGGGAAUAAUGAACCAGAUCCUAAGCGUCAGAGAUUUGAUCGCCCAUACCCAAAUCAAUGUCAACGAUCACCACAACCCCACUUACCUGGUGGACAUCAUCCCGACGGAACAGCACGUGCAAGUCGUAUGGAGAGUUCUGUCUCUCAUUCUGGAGGUGGCGAACACAAAGUACACUAUCCAUCUGCUAAUCGUAUCCAUGGAACAGAUUACAGGAUGGCACAAUCCACUGGUUACAAUGCUGUUCCGAAUAAGCAACCUUACGGACGAGAUGAACAUGAAGACUCACGUCCUAACUCAGGGAAUCUUCGUUCUGUAAAACCAGCUGGUCAUCCACAAGGAAACACACGAGUGAAACCUGAUCUAAAUGACUAUUUUUGA